CGGGGCAGAGGCGCCGGGCGGGCGGCAGCCGGGACGGCGGGGCUCCUCGGGCCGCCUCCCCCGGCCGCUCCCACUCAUCGGUUCAGGGUCGCCUCCGUCCGUGUUGGCCGCACAGCUCUUCCGAGCGCGGAGCUGCUCGUCUCUGCCUUCAGCCUCCUUGACUCCUUUGAACUUGGUACACGUUUGGAAAAGCCUUUAUGAAAAACCCUCCUUGCUCUGAUGAGUGUGGUCCUCACUCUGAAAAGAAAAAGGAAACCAGAAGUAAGGACGUUGGUUUAUUUACCACAGCCGGCUAUUAGUAGCACCUUUGUCCCAGUUUUAUGUACUCAGUUGGGAUAUAAAUUGACGUUAACCCAUUUCUUCUCCGAAACAUGAGUCUGAGGGACAUCGCUGUUGACUCAUUUUCGUCCCCAGACACGGUAGAUCUGAUGAGAUAGUGCGAAGAAGGGACAAAUCGCGGUUUCUCUUAUUGUGUACUUUUGAUUUUUGCCCUGUUCUGGGACCACCUAACAAGGUUCCCAGAACGUGCUGAACAGGGAAUAAACACAUUUUCAACAUAGCUCUUUAUCUUACUGCUUAUUGCAAGUAUACCGGAGUCUAAGUUUGAAAUAAUUUAGCCGUUUCCUGAACUGUGGUCUGUAAAGCAGCUGUCAGUUUGCGAUCAAAUUUUCAGAAAUUUUGACUUACAAGAUCAGCCUGAAAGUCUGACUAAAACUGAAAGAGCCCCUUUUAAUAGUGCGGCUUACUACGUGACUUGCAUAAAAAUUUUUCCUUUUCUGUUUAAUUUGUCGGUCUGCUGAGAGUGCAACCACCUUUCCGUGAGGCAUGUUUCUACACCCCAAAAGAUACCAGUGUUGUCCUACACAAGAUAGGACCAAUCUAGCAGCCCAUUCUGCUGAUCAUCAACUGUGAAGUAGCCAAAAGCGGGCACCAGAUGGGAAGUGAAUUGAAACAGAGAUGUUUGAAUAGUAGUUAAUCCUUUGGUGAUUUUAGAAAAGAGUUAAGACUUCUUAAAUAAUAACAGGAUAAAUAAAGAAGAAAACGAGGAAGCAGCAAAGCAUUGAUUAUAAAUGUCUUAAUAAUGAGCAAAUGUGGCAGGAAAAAAUAUAUUAGGACAAAUCUAAGACAAAUGACCAUGGAAACAAUUGAGUCUCAUCAGGAUGGACGUGUAACAGAUUCCAUGGCAGAGGGCGGAUCUGCUCAUAUGCAGACCCAGACUGGUCAAAAUUCAAUCCCUACUUUAGCUCAGGCAUCCUAUAGAAGAGGAUUGAUGAUUCUUCAGGAGAGCUGGGAAAAAAAGGUUUCUGUAGCUGGAUCAGGCACCGGAAGAGGCUCCCCAGAUGUAACUCUAGUACAGUUACCUUCAGGCCAAACCAUACAUGUCCAGGGAGUAAUUCAGACACCACAGCCAUCGGUUAUUCAGUCACCACAAAUACAAACUGUUCAGGUAGCAACAAUUGCAGAGACAGAUGAGUCUGCAGAAUCAGAAGGUGUAAUUGAUUCUCAUAAACGUAGAGAAAUCCUUUCACGAAGACCCUCUUAUCGAAAAAUACUGAAUGAACUUUCCUCUGAUGUGCAUGGUGUUGUUCCCAAGAUUGAAGAAGAAAAAUCAGAGGAAGAAGGAACGCCACCUAACAUCGCUACCAUGGCAGUACCGACUAGCAUAUAUCAGACUAGCACGGGGCAAUACAUUGCUAUAGCCCAAGGUGGAGCAAUCCAGAUUUCUAACCCAGGAUCUGAUGGUGUUCAGGGACUGCAGGCAUUAACAAUGACAAAUUCAGGAGCUCCUCCACCAGGUGCUACACUUGUACAGUAUGCAGCACAGUCAGCUGAUGGCACACAGCAGUUCUUUGUCCCAGGCAGCCAGGUUGUUGUUCAAGCUGCCACUGGUGACAUGCCAACUUACCAGAUCCCAGCUCCUACUACUGGUUUGCCCCAGGGAGUAGUGAUGGCUGCCUCACCAGGAAGUUUGCAUAGCCCUCAGCAACUCGCAGAAGAAGCCACACGCAAACGAGAGCUGAGGCUAAUGAAAAACAGGGAAGCUGCCCGGGAGUGUCGCAGGAAGAAGAAAGAAUAUGUCAAAUGUCUUGAAAAUCGUGUGGCUGUGCUUGAAAACCAAAACAAGACUCUCAUUGAGGAACUCAAGGCCCUCAAAGAUCUUUAUUGCCAUAAAGCAGAGUAACUGUCUUUCUUUGACUUGGACCUUGUUUACUGUGGAACUCUAAUCAAGGCAGGAGAUGCAGCAGUUCUACUAAUUGCCAUGUGGACGCGUGGAAGGGACAUUUGUGACCCUUAAGAAUCCAGUUUGGCUUAGUGUUUGAAAUUGAAUUGGAAGUGUUGUUCCAAGAGUUGGAAUGCAACCAUGAUCACGUGUACCGAGCUUACGUUAGUCUCUUUGUCAAUAGCAUGCAAAAUUGUUUUGUUUGCCCUUUUGCUUCUACUUUUUUUCAGGGAAGCUGCUAAAGAAUGUCGACGUCGAAAGAAAGAAUAUGUAAAAUGUCUGGAGAGUCGAGUUGCAGUGCUGGAAGUUCAGAACAAGAAGCUUAUAGAGGAACUUGAAACCUUGAGAGACAUUUGCUCUCCUAAAGCAGAUUAGUAGAAAUAUUUAAUUAUGAACUGAUUACAACAUGUACAGUUGCUUUUGAAGGCAAUACAAUAUAUAGCCAGCAAGAAUUAUGGCUUUUUUCCUUUGUAUCAUUCAUCACAUUCUCUAAUCGCUAACAUUCCUACAAUGCUUCACUGUACGUAGUUAACUCUUAGCUGUACCUUCAAUUUUUUUAAGAGACAAACUGUAAAAAAAGAGUAACAAAUUUUUAAAAUGCAAUAUUUGUAAGACUUGUUCCAAUGCCACAUAUUUGCAGUUCCCAAUCUCUGUGUCCUGAAUAGUGUCCUAUGCAAUAAAAUUUUUUGCAGGUCUUUUAAAAGUCAUUUUAGGAAAGGAUGAUCAAAGAUAAUGCAUCCAGUAGUACAAUAAAAGUAAACCACAAAAAAUACCUCUGGAGAGAAUUGAAAGAGAAAGAAUUGAAAGAAUCUAAUGACAUGCUUCUAUGAAAAUAAUAGCCGAUGAAUUUAUGGCAUUUGCAGAUUUUUAUAUUAGUUGCUUUGUAAAGAAAAUAUUGUAUUGCUGUCUUUGAAUGCCAUAGUUGGAGAGCGUUUUUAAUAGAACCAUGUUGGUUACA